GCAAAGGGGUGGGCGCUCUAUAUAUUGGAGGUGUUUUUCAUCAUUCGAAUCAUUCAAUCAUUGCUUCAAGUGCGAAUUUGGAGAGCAAGAAGGAGGUGCGAAAUCUGGUCUAUUUGGAGCGAAUUUAUUUCAAGUGUUGGAGACUAGAAGGAAGUGAAAUUGAUUCUUGUGAAGACUAAAGGAGGCGCAUUUUAUUCAAGGGAGAGCUUUGAUCUACAUUUUGCCUAGCGAAAUUCAUCUAUUUUGCAUCAUUUCUUAGAGUUAGUACUCAAGAGGAGGUAUGGCGAAAUCACCUUAACACCAUUGUUGAAGAUUUGAAUUUUGAGCUUUGUUUUGAAAAUUCUAAGAUUGGUGUAGUUAAUUAGGAAAUGAUAACUCAAGAUUUAUCAUGAGGUUUCCUAAUUAAAAUCUUAAAUCUUCCUUUCUACCCUAUAUUUCUAUGCUUCAAGAUAUAUUACUAAUUAUGAAAUGUUGUGUAGGUGUCAAGAUGGCGACUCCAAAGGCAGGAGCAUCUACUAGUCGUCCAGCUCUCAUGAAGGAAGAUCAGAAGAACGAAGAAUUGGAGACCAGGAUCGUGUCCAAAUGGAGCAAUAUCGGAGAUACCAACUUGGGAAACUUCAGCAUGAAGAAGUUUCGAGAGGUCCCCUACAUUGGCAAGCCAUCAGCUGUCGCAAAGAAGAUAAUUGAAAGUGGCAUCAUCAAGGCGGCCGGUUUCCCUCCAGCAGUCCAGUGUCAUGAGCUGAUGAUCGAGUGUGCCCGCCAUUAUGACUCACAAUCAAGAUCGAUCAUAUCCAAGGAAGGAAACACUUUGGCUUACCUUUCAGAGGAGGCUAUAAGUGAGGCUCUCCAUCUUCCAGAACAUAAAGAUAUGAUUUACAAAAGUUUAGAAGGAGCCAGGUCAAUGUAUGAGGAUGAUCCCGACACUUGCCUGAACCUCAUCAAUAAGAAUUGGUUGCUCAAAAGUCGUCCUUGCCUGAGCAAGAUUCCCAAUACACCACAUAGGAUCGACUUCCAGGAGGAGUAUAGAGAUUUGAUAACUUUGCUCAAUCGAGUUACAGGGGCUCCUCAGGCCUUCUACUUCGAAAAGUGGAUGUUCUACUUCAUCCAAGUGAUAGUCCAAGGAAAAGGAACGAUUCAUUGGGCUAGAAUUAUUAGCCAUUGUCUGGAUGUGCAGUUGAGAAGGCUAAGACCUACUAAAUCGUUCCACAUGAGCUCAUAUGUCAUACAUGCCCUGAUCAGGAGUUUCGACUAUGCAGGGCUACCUCACAGAGGAGUGAUCGGAAGAGGACCCGGAGAAGUGAGAGUUUGUGACUCUUAUGUUCAUUUGCAUCAUCCUCCCAGAGGUGACUACAAGCUAGUCAAUGACACCUUCACGAUGAACAUCACUAGGAUAUUGCAAGGUGGGAUUCAUAAUCGACUAUCUCUGGAUGCACAAGAACUUGUGAAGAAGUAUGGUGCAUGGUUCAUCCAGUUUCAAAAGUUUACAUAUAUUAGAAUUCAUGGGUGUCCUCUACCUCCCUACAUGUUGCCGAGGUAUCCGACAGACAGGAUAGUGCUACUUGAGGUGACUAGACAGUUGGCAGCUUAUGCAAAGGCAUUCAGACACAAGCAUGGAAAUGGAGUUCCCGUGCCCAUCAUAUUGGGGAAUUCAGUUGAGGUAUGUCCUAAUACUCAAGCCUUGGAGGAUGCAGAGAAGGAAUUGACUUUAUAUUCAUUCACAUUCUUUGCCUCGAGGGAGAAUUUUGAUCCUCAUGGUUAUAUGGAGGAGACAGUUGGUAAGAAGUACAAACACGAAUUUCAGGUAGAGGACUUUUGGAUGAAUCUCUCAAGUGAUUUAGACGUUAAAAGAAAGAUGCAUUCCAGGCUACCCUUAGAUCUUAUCAGGAAAUGCAAAGUUUAUAGGGUAGCAAAUCAAGCACAGGAUAGCGGUAGACAUCUCCAGUCAUCUUAUGACAGAGAAGACAAAGCAGUGAAGAUAGAUUGGAAUGAACCUGAGGUUUUGGACUUGAGAGCUUUGAUGGCUCCAGUUUUGUCAUGUACUCGCAGAUGGGUGGAUGUACAACAUCAGAAGCUAAGAGAGCAGAACAUACCAAUGACUUUUACUUUGGAAGAAAGACCAGAAGAAGGAGGAGCGAGCAUAAGUGAAGACAAUUCUCAUCCUAGAGGCGCAAAGAGGAAAGAAAGACCUGAGAAAAGAGAACCCUCCAAGAAGAAGCAAGAGUCCAAUCGAGAUCGCUCAUCAGGCACAUCUUCUCGACAUGGAAAAAAGGCAAGUCAAGCUGAAGGACAAGAGAAGACGGUGCCUGAGGUUGAUGAAUCUAUGGAGUCCAUGGUACAAAAUGAUAAACCUGAGAAGGGGCAGGCACCUCCGCAUUCAUCAAGUCAAUCUCCCCAAGUUGAUGAGCUACAUGAAGAGAAGAAUGAUGAUGAGGCGACAUCUCCUCUCCGAGAAGAUGAACCAUUGCCUAAAGAAAUACAAGUUAGAGAGACGAGAUCGGCCAUCCCGGAUUGGUUGAAGGAGAGACUAACGAGGGUGAUUGUGAUUGAAGAUGAAGAUGAUGUAAUUGACUUAGAGAGCCUUAUAGGAAAUUCUCAAGAAGUAACGGAGAAGAAGAAGGCCACCAAGAUGUCCAAGGUGAUCAGAGAUGAGACAGGAUCCAGGAAAUUGCAGAUAGCCACACCAGUAGUGGAUAAAUAUGAAGGUGAAAUCCUUGCAGAUGAGUAUGAUGUAGAAACAUUUGAGCUUGGUCCGCUCACUACUGAACAGGCAAUGGAUGAGGCAAUCGAUUCAUUUGAAGCAUUUAAGGACAAGCUUAAAGAAGAAAUGGAAAAGAAUAGAAAGCUUGAGAGAGAAGUCGGUGCUUGGAGAGGUUACUUUACCCAUCUCAAUCAACCCUUGGGACGUCAGGAUCCGGCAGUAUCUCCUGUGCAAGCACUUCCCCUCGAAUCAGUUGGCGAGGCAGAAAGAGUCAAGAGCUUGGUUCAGCUUAUGAGCUCUUGGAUUGACAAAUCCCACACAGUAGCCGUUGAAUUUACAACAAGAAUGAUGAAGACAAUCCACUGAGCUAUCUAGGUCCUUGAGAUCGUCCACAACCUAAUGAUAAUUGUAGCCGCUUUCGCUCACACUAGAGAUGUUAUCAUUCCUGUUUUGCAAGUAAUCAGGCAAACACCAAGGAAGAUCCUAGCACAAGAAAAGAUAAUGGAUGGAGGAGCUCAUAACCUACUUCAGUGGUCAACUCUACUCCAGAUGAAAGAGGUUCUUUUCGAGGACAUUAGCACCAAAUGCAAUCAAGUUGAAGGUGUCAUCCAUCCAAUUCAGGAUAAGGUGUUUGAAGUGUUAUGUACCAUUCUCGGCAGGAGGAUCGAAGUUGAGACGGAUGUGGACCUCCAAGAGUUGGAAGAGAGAGUCAAGGUCAUCUUUUGCAAAGAUGAGAAUGUCAUCACAGAUGAGCAAUGGGAUCUAAUGUUCACUACUAUGCUCUUGAUUGAGAAGAUCAAAGAACUCGAACCUGGAUGGGAAGCUGCUCUUCUCACUGCCUUUGAUCAGGUUAUCCACUUGGAGGAACGCAUGAGGAAUAUUCCCGAGAUUCCUUUUGCUGAAAUUGAAGGAAUUGUGUCCAGAUUCAUUGCAUAUGCUAAGAAAGAACAUUGGAAAGGGAAUAAGAUUCUAGAAGAAAGGUUGUUAUAGAAUGAUGUGGCAUCUUAAUUAUCAUUGGUCUAUGUUUCCUCGAUUUUUGUGCCAAUUAAAUAUUUGGCUAUGCAUUUAAUAAUGUUCAUCUAAAAGGGGAUCUUUUUGUAACAAACCCUAAUUAGGGUUUAGGUGUCAGAAUCUCAGCCAUUGAUCUUCUUUUGAUCUGGGCCGUUCAUUGUAAUUGAGGAUGCUAUAUAUACCCUCACUCAUUUUCAUUUUUGUCAUUAGAUGAUUAGAGAUUAGAUAUUAAGGAGAUAGAUAGUUAGAGAUUUGGAGAGAAGAAAGUUAUUUUGUAGCAAGAUUGAGUAGUGAAGAAAGAAUUUCAAACAAUUGUUGUCUAUUUUGGCUUUGAGAUCAAUAAAAUAUUGAAGUUAUGGUGUUUUAUUGCAAUUCUUGUGGCUAUCUUCAUGGUUGUUUACUUUCUUGAAUCAUUCUUAGUCGAAGUAGUAUUUAAGUUUGAAGGACUAAGUGUUGUGCUUGAUCUUUGGUGAGAUUCAUGUUCCAAACCACUAACUUCUUACUGAUUGUAAGGACGCCUUGCGUGGUCAACUGGAGAUAUUUAGAUUGCUUGAACCUUCAGUCAUUAUUGAAAUAUUGAUAUGUAUCUUUAUGGUAGUAUCUAUAACUCUUGAUGAUUUGAAAAUCACUAAUAACCUUAGAAGAUCGCAUCAAUUCCAGUAAAGUUGUAAUUCCUUGGCAAUACUGAAACUGGUAGAAUCUUACCAAGUCUAGCCUACAUUGAGUCACUCUUAGGAUUAGAUUAUAAUUCUUCUCUUGCGAACCCUAUCUUUUGAUCUUUUUUUGAGAAUUUGUUAGUAUUAGGAAAAAUCCUGUUCCUGCAGUCAAGCAAGAGUAACACAGACCAGCUUUCAAAGUGCGUAAGACCCCUUGAAGAAACAACAUUCACAACGACCACUGGUGCUUAUCCACACGUAGAGAUCCUACAACGAAGAACCUUGAAGUCACCCUGAUUGAUACUUUUCGCGAUAUCUUCAGCAUUCAGAGGCUUUACUCAAGAGAGGAUAAGGUACCCUUGGGUAUUUUAUUCUGUGUUUGAUAGUGUACAAAAUACACGUCAACAGGUAGCCAUAAUGUCAACAUGAAUACAGAUUUUUAGCAUAUGUAAUCUUAAAUGCAAGCCAAAUCAAAAUAAGGUUUGUAAAAUUGAAAACUUAUAAGAAUAACAAAUACAAUUUGAUAUCCAUAUAUGUUUAUUAAAGAUUGUUAUCCAUAUAUGUUUAUUACAAUUACUAACAUUAUAUUAAAGAAGAAGAAAUUUAAAAAAAUUAUUAGGCAUUCAUAAGAUCAUUCAAUGCACUUUCAUAGGCAAAUCCAUCAAAUUUGUUCUAAAACUUUAAGUUAUUCCAUAAUAUUAUAUAUACACAUUUAAAAGACACCACAUACAUAUAUAGAAAGUGCACUAUUCAUCAUGACCAAAUAAAUUAAUGCAAUCAUUUAUGCAACUGAAGCAAUCCCAAUGGGAGGAGGAGAAGGGUCAUGGUUAGGGCGUUGUCCUAGUUGUUUGAGAGGUCCUCAUCAUAAGGAUUAUGCUUCCAUCCUAUGACAGUAUUCUCUUUGUCUUUUUCUUCUUCUCGAUUAAAAGGAAUUGUGCAAACAAGACAAAUAGAAAGGUCCAACUAGGGGACUUCCUACCAGCAUGUCAACUGCGGAUGCCAUGAUCAAGUUGAGAAGUAGAACAUUCGCCAUGUGGCAGGGGAGACCAAUCUUGAAAUCUAUACUGUGGGGAUCCAUAAGAGUUGUUAGAACCAUAGUUUGAAAACUUGGACUUAGACUCAACUCAGCAACCCAAAAUUUUGACUCGGACUCGGGACUCGGCACGAAUUUGGCGAAAAACUCAGCAAGGAUUUGACAAAAAAAACCAAAAAAAAACAUAGAACGACACACAAAAAGAAGAAACUAGUCGACAACUUUAACCUCAUUUUUGUAACUCCACUCCCAUACCCCCUCAUUGUAAUCAAAUUUCCUAUAUGACGAGAUCCCAAUAACUAGUGGGGGUUUGGGAGUGGAGACCCUAAUGGGUUUGAGGGCAGGAAUGAUAAGCUGCACAAGGUGUUAGAUGUGAGAAAACCCCAACGAUAGAGGGGUUGUAGGGGAUGAUUGAAAAGAUGAAACAGAAAUGAAAAAUAAAUUCUUGUCUUCUUUGCUCCUUCCCUUGCUAUUUUGCUGUUUAGACUUGAAAUGGAUUAGUUUGAGCCAUAAAUGAAAAAUAAAGCUCACUUUUUUCUGCUUUAAUGCUCUUAGAUAGACCAGAGAGUCCUAGCCCAGGACUCAGAAGUUCAACCUUGGGACUCGGUGAGUCCUUGGUCAAUACUCAAAUGAGUACUCGCCAUGACUUGCAAGUCUCGUGAGUCCUAGCGAAUACUUGCAUAGUCCUAAAAUGCUGGUAUUAAUUAUGAAGGAGGAUUUUCUUGUGUCCUAUGUGUUCAAUUCCCCUAGCUAUGGUGGCUUCUAUCUUACCCCCAUGUCUCUUCUUUUUUGCUUAGACCUCAGCUUUAAUAUGUUAAGAAAUUAUUAUAGCACUUUGAUGAUUUCAAUUAUUCCAAUUUAUAGUGCUCUUGAAUAUUUAUAACUUUAGUCUUAUAUUCCAUGGGCAUAAGUAUGGGAAUGGGUACAUAAAAGAAUUGCUGAUUUUAAUGAGAUCUUGGGUUUGGUUUGUCUUCGAAACAGCCAUAAAUAAAAUAUGAAAAAAAAUACUCAACCAUAAUGUCAAUAUGAUUUGAAUUUUCAGAACUAACAUUCCAAAUCAACAAAAGUCAAUAAAAAACGACAUAAUUGAUAAUUCAAAUUUCAAAAUAUCAUAGGUGUAUAAAUACAAUUUAUAACCUUUGGUUAAAAUACAUCAAUGGUCAAACAUGGACAAUACACCAAUGGUCAAACGUGAAUAAAUCAUCAAUGUUAUCUCCAUCAAGAGCAUCAAACCCAUUCCUUGCUUCAUUAGAUCUAGGAGCAUUAGGGAAAGUGCCACUCUGCAACUUGUGUUUUGAAGUAUGUCCCCUCUCAACAGCAAGUAAUUGUGCAUAAAGCGGCUUUAACAUGGCUGUAGGAGCUCGUCUAUGAGGUCUUGAACUUCUCUAUCCAUCAGAGAGGACAUUUACCAUUGAUGCAUCCUUUUGAGCAUUUUUUAAAUGUUGUUGAUGGGGUCAUUGUUUGGCUCACCUAUCUUCAACAUUGUUGGUCUCAUAGUUUGAGGGUUCCCCUUGGCUAGUUGCAGGUCUGUUCUCACCAGCUUUGUGUUGAAACGGACCACCAUAUUUUGUAGAGUAAAAAACUUAUGCUGUCUUUGUUCUCUUCUGGAGGUGGAAUGCAAGGAGCAUUAUAAUUUCUGGUGUCUAGUCUAGUAUGAAUUCUGUGGGAGGUACUAUUGUUUAACUUUAUAUAAAGAUGCUAGUGGUUUUCUUUCCACUUUGCUGCUCUGAUCAGAGGUGCUUAACUCAAUUUCUACAUGAUAUCUCCAGGUUCAGGCAUAGGUCUCUUUGUGGUGAUCCCACAUCUAUCAGAAUAAGUGAAUAAUAAGCAUUCUUCAGACACUUCUGAUUUGCAUAUGGAUGGUUAUAGAUUGGUUAAGCAUUGCUUUCCUUGUGUUCUUUCUAGGCGGAUGCUCCUUAACACCCCGACUCUCACACUAGUGGUUGUGGUUCUAUGUCUUAUCAAUGUGGGAGACCCUCUCUCACGUCCUUUCCAGUGCCGAUCUCAGUGACAGGCUCACGUUACCAGCUUGUUUUUUUUCCUACCAUCAGAAGUUCUGUGGUCUGAAAUGUUCGGCAAAAAUGCUACACACUCUGAAAAUGCUGGAAACAAUAUUAUUGUCGGUAUGCUUGUUCUUGCCCAAAAUCACCACUGCCACAACUGCUGGCUUGAAUGGAAGAAGAAAUUGCAACGUUGUCGCCCACAUUCCUGCAGGGAAUCUGCAUCUACUCCAACACAUUAUCAAAAACUGAAAAACAAAACUGCCAUAGAGGCAAAUUUAAUGCACACAAAGAACUAAUCAAUGUUCCUUCAAAAGUGCUGCAGCCUCUGCUCUGCCACCAUGGCAAUGCAGGCUGAGUUGCAUGCUCAGACUCACUAAUUGCCAUGAGUUUUGGCUUGCAACUUACUGAAACUCAGCUGCCAGUAAGUUACGAAGUGGUUGAAUAAUUUGGUCCCAGCUAAAGCUCGUAAGUUAGGUGAGUUUUUGAACAUAGUCUAUACCAUUGUCUUUUUAUAUAUUUCAACCUUUUGGUUUACCUCUCUAGUCAAUUGUGUGUGUGUUGGAGUAAUUGAGACUCAGUCUUCAUGCCAGAAUUUCAAGGUUCAUGUUUUAUUUGUCUAGCAGUACUAAGGAUAAGGAUUCAGCUACUCUUAUAUAACCACAUGGUCAUUGUUUAACUGUACAGACAUUGUUUUGAUGCCUCUCCAAUCAAACCGUUCCCAUUGAAGACCCGAGCAGUUAGGGAUGCUUUAUUGAGUGGAUUCUAUCAUCUCCAUAUUAGACUUUUUGAUUCGACCUUUUUUCCUUCAUGUCUGAAGUGGCUUUGUUAUUCACUUAUCCUUCAUUAUGAAGGGGGAUUUGCCUGUAUUGCAUGGUUGUAAGGUCCCCUAAUUACUGUGGCUCCUAGUCUUCCAAUGUGCUCUCGUGUUCUAGCUUCAUUGCAACCUUCUAGUCUUUGAUUUCUAGCCAACCCUUGGAUGUUGGAUUGCUGUGAUAUUUGAAUUCGUUGUGAAAUUGUAGUUGCUUCUUAAAGAAAAAAUAGAUCCUCAUUUUGUCAUGCAUUUGCACAUUGAAAUGGCCAAGGACUUGGGCUUGCAAUUCUUUAUGCAUGUAAAUUCAUAAAAGAGGUCUUUGGUAAUUGCCAAACAUGUGUCAGAAGUUGUGAAGUUUAUGACAGCCUUAGAAGCAUUCACUCUUAGCACUAUGGUUUUGCUACUUUUUAAUCAUAUUUUUAAUAUUCUAUUUUUCCUUUCUAUGGUAGAUAUAAUUCGGAUGACCCUUAGCUAUCCUCAUACAAUGGAGGACAAAUAAGUUUACCUUUAUAUUCUGUGUAUGCUAAGCUGUCACCUAUGUCUCCUUAAAAGAACUUAUGAAUUUUUAUUUUACCCCCGCAACUUCAACUAAGCCUAACUAAGGUCCUUACACUCCAAUAACCAAAACUUUAACAUGUGAAACCUGGACUAUGUGAGAAUAUUUUUGUUUCAAAAAGAUAGCAAGGAGACCUAUGAAAGGAACAAAUAUCAGAACAGCAGGUAGAAGGCUUGGGAAGAAAAGACAAAGGCUUUGUGGUGCUCAAGCAUUGCAUCUGCUAUAGUCAAGGGAUUGAGCAUGGGCUGUCUGUGCUUUGGCUGUUGUUAGGCUUUUUUUUUCCGUAUGUAUGAUUGCAUCUAGAUUUUUUAUCGGUAUGUUGCAGUGUGAUUGUGAUCCAUUGCUGGUCGUUGGUUAAACUUUACUAAUGAGAAACCAAUCAAUAUAUUAUUUGAUAUUAGAUAAUUUAUCAAAUACAUAUUUCUUUAAUUUUUAUAUAUUCUAAUCAUCUGUGAGCUUCCUUAACUCUCUCCUUGUCACUGAUUCCCUAUGUCUUUUGUUUAAUUGUGAGGAUUCUUUCCAGCUGCCUCUGAACCUCAAUUCUUGUUCACCAAUACUUCAUUCUGGAAGUACGGUCAAGGAUAUGCAUUAAAUAUUCUUCCUAAUUUGUCUCAGGAUUGUCUUUUAUUAAUAACUAAAAUAAACAUUCAUUGUAACUAAGUGAAAUAAAAGAUGAUCUAUAUCUACAGAAAUAUUGUUUUCCCCUGAUUUACAUUUGUCUUUCAUUGCUUUGUUCUUCUUUGUUAUUCAAAAACCUGAAAUUCAAUCUUCACUAUCUACUCUAAAAGGAAGAAAUAGAAUAUGAAAAUUUAAAUUAAUAGAAUAAAACAUGAAUGCCAUAAUGGUAUUGAAGUCACAUAAAUAAUAGAAUUGAAUGCGAAUCCACAAGUAUCUUUUACAAUGUUAAAGAUCUUGGCAGAGGUAUGCUAUGAUCUCUGAUAAUUACUAAUUAAUAAAACAUGUGUAUAGUUCAUCUAAAGUAGUAGGUCAUUUCAGUAAUAUUAACAGUUCAAUGUUAUGUUAGUGCGGUUGAUUUACUUACAUAGAAUUCUAUUCACUUUUGUUCAAUCUUAUGAGUCUGCAUAAGCGUUUGUAAGGGCAACAGCAUUCUAACGUGGGCAGAUUAGCCUUGUUGAACUGCCACAAGUGGAAUUGUAUUGCUUGUAAUGGCUCUAGUUUUUAUCUCUUACUUGGUUGAUGUGUGGUGGGACU